AUGGGCAAAGCCAAGGUCCUGGAAGGAAAGCGGCAGUGGGCCCAAGCACUCGAUGCACUCAACAAGGUCAUUGUGAUGCAUGAUUGGUUCCUACCUGCGCUCAUCGAGAAGGCCAAGACACUCAUGAUGACCGCAGAUUGGGAUCAAGCGCUCGAGGCGGCCGGACGCCUCCAGCAGCAGGAGUCCAACAACAUCGAAGCCUUGCGCCUCAACGUCCUGUUCCUCCUCUCCCGGGAGUCGCGGUGCGACGCCGCCGCAGAGCGCCUCCAGGAGCUCGUGGCGGCCCUGAACCAGCUGGAGCCACGGAACCACGACCUUGCCAUGUCCUGUGCGCAGCUCUUCUCGCGGCUGGCAGGGCGUCACAAAGCGAUCCUCAGCAUCACCUCGCAGAUGGUCAAGAGGUGCACAGACGCGGCACCAGACCAGGCGAAGUACCUCACAGAGCUGGGGUACCAGUUCAUGAUGCAAGGCGCUUUGACCCAGGCGGAACAGACGUUUCACCUGGCCGUGGCUAAGGACGAGACGGACGUGAGGACGUAG